CUCACCACAACACAGUUCACAAUCCGAAUGUUUACUCCUGAUCUGUCGCCUUCAUGUCUCAUCACGAGUUGCUGAUGACAUGAGAACCCUUGGGAAAUAUUACAAGACCCCAAGUGAACACUAAAAGCAUCAGAAAAGCUGGAGCACACACCAUCUUAAUGGCUCAUGAUAUCCACCAAGGGACGAUUGCUAGGGAUGAAUACAUUUUGCCACAAGGAGUGUUACCUGAUACGUUAGGCCGUGGGGCUGUGGAACGUGAAGCUGCCAUGACUAACUGUAACUUGACGGCCAUUACUCAUGUAAUCCAGAAAAGACCCUUUCAGUCUCCAUUGGAGGUCAGAGACGUUAAGAAACCAAGAUCUAAAGCUCUCCAAUUUAUUUGCUGCAUGCCAGAGUGUGCAGAGAAGUUCAACAGCCGUGAGCACCUUGAAACUCACAUGAAAUUACAUCUAGGUGUCAAACCAUUCACCUGUGAUGUGUGUGGCAAGGUUUGUCAAACAGAGAGCAAACUCAAAACUCACCAAGCAUCUCAUGCUAAUGAUGGAUUCAAACCUAAAUGUGAUAUUUGUGAAAGGAGCUUUUCGAGUCGCAGUGCAUUAAACAAGCAUAAAAAGAUGUUACACAAGCCUAAACCCCACGUUUGUCUGCACUGCAACUCGGGAUUUGAAGAACGCAAGUACAUGGUCAUCCACGCUAAAAGAGCCCAUGAUGUAGAUCUGCCACUAGAGGUGAAAGAGUUACAGCCUCCCACUUCAGCAGUAAAUUUUGAGGUGAAUAACUUUAAUUCAAGUACAAGUGCAAAUGACUGCAAAAAUUUCUUCAAAGGAAGUUUUUGUGAACCUAUUACUGUAAACCUACAGACGCUGUCUGCUCCUCCAAAUCAAUCCUUUGAUCCACCAAAAGAACAUUCACAGUCUGACUCAACAAUGUUGCAAAAGAAAACAGAUAUUUCUGGUGCUCCCGCUGUCUGUGUUCCGAUUAAUUGUGAACUUUGCACAUCAACUUUUCCUUCUAUGGCAUACUUAGAGCAGCACAUGGCAGUUCAUUUAGGGGAGAAAACUUUCAUUUGCCACAAUUGUGGGAUCAGUUUCUCAAAUCGCCAUGAUCUGAGUAACCACAUGAAGCUCCACACCUCGGACAGUGAUAGCGCAAACUUUAUAACAACAAACUUUAGCACUGGUAGCUUCAGUCAGUUUGUCCCUCUGCCUACACAACCUGGGCCUACGAGAGGCCCACAGAUAUUUGAUAAAUAUAUUUGUGUUGUUUGUAAUGAACAGUUUUUAAAUCUUGGGAGUCUUAAACGACACCAAGCAAAAGGACACAACACGGCUGUGUUGAGCAUCUGAUGUAUGCUUUGUUAUAAUGCAAUUUAUAUUAUUGCUUAUAUAUGUAUUAAUAUAGUUUACAAAAGUAGUAAUGCAGCUGUUGAUUCUUAAAAAAGAAUCUAUACUGUAAAUGAGAUUACUAUAAUAAUAAGUUCCUAUUUGUGUAUAAUGGAGCAGCUACCUAGUUAAUAUUGCAUGUACUGUAAGAUAUUAUAAAAAAAUUCAGAUUGUUUACACGCAAAUGCUUUCAGCUGAGUACAUCAGUUUUAACGAUGUGCAAUGUUGCUUUGCUUUCCAUUACUGUAUGUAUAUCAGUGCCUGUUUAUGUUAAUUGAUUCUACAUGUGAUAUAAAUAUUUCACCUAGAUAUAUGUGUGUGUGCUACGAGUUAUUUUAUAACCAUUUUCCCAAAGUACUUUUACUUAUACCAUUGCAGAUCAGUUAGGAAUUGUAUUAUUUUUAAAAAACAUAACCCCCUUUUUUUGAUUUUGAAGUACCCUGUACAGAAAUAUUUUAUUUUGUUGAUAUUUUUGCUCUAUUUACUUUGAGUACCAUUAUAUGAAAGGUUGAGCAACAUACAGGUAUCCCUUGUUUAGUAUUAAAUCACCUAACGUUAAUUCGGGUUAGUGAUUUUUUUUUUUAACUCCCUUUCUCACUUAACGUUAGGUCAAAAUUUGGUUUUGUGAUAGCUUGACUCACUGGGAGGUGGAAAAACUGGGGAUGACAUGGCCUGUGAGAUGGCAUGUUACCAUUGUUGCAUGUAAUGAAACUAUAAAAGUUGUGGAAAAUCAUUACAAUACAGCACAGUACUCAAAUGGCUAAGAAAUACAGAAUUUACAGAAUAAUAGUACUGUAUAAUAUAAAACUAUAAGAUAAGAUAAUUGAAAAGCUUGGGUGUGUAUGUGUGUGAAGUGAAAGUAUGUGUGCAGCCAAGUUAUUCAGAGAAAUUAAGAACUAAACAGACUGUGAAGAGCAGCAGAAAGAUCUCUCUUAGAUUCAAAAGUGGUUGAAGAAAUGGCUGCUAACAUUCAAUGACAAGAGUUGUAAGAGGAUGCACCUCGGUCAUACCAACAGUGAGGAGGUGUAUCACAUGUCCCAAUGGGAGGAAGAAAUAGCAUUAAUAGAGACCGAAUGAGAAAAGGACCUGGGUGUGUGUGUGUGUUGACAACGAACUAAAGUUCUCGGGCCAUUGUGAGAAGAAGGUAAAUCAAGCAACUGAACUAUUAUAGUAGGUCUUAUAAGGUCGUUCAGAUAUCAAGGAGGUCCGUUCCCUCGUCACGAUCUUUGAGUGCAGUGCUUCCUCGUCUGGAGUACUGUCACCCCGUCUGGUCCCCAAAAUAUGUUAGAUACUGUCAGUUAAUUGAAAAUGUCCAAAGGAGGGCCACCAGACUGGUGCCUGCACUUUGGCACCUCAGUUAACCAGAGAUUAGAAUGCCUGCCACUGCCUAGCUUAUACUAAAGAUGGGCAAGGAAUGACCAAAUUCAAGUUUGUACUUGAAUUAGGGUACUACUCAGUUGAGUUCAUACCUGGAGCUGGCAGACACCCACCCCAUUAGAGUUCACAGCUCAAGGUUGAAGAACCUACAAAUCUAGAAAACUGUGAGGGCAAACUUAUUCGUAGUGAGAAUCAUAACCUUAGAACAAUCUGUCAGAGUCAUGGCACUGUGUGAUCUCUUUCAAACCAGACUUGACCAACACUGGAGCUGGUACAGAUACAUUCAGGAAUCAGUGCAUGCCCAGUGCUUGCCAACAAUGCAUAACAGAGACGUGACCAACCAGCGAAGAGGAUAAAAGUAAAAGUAAAUUAAAAAACAAUGUCAUGCCUCAAUAAUUUCUUUCAAUGAUAUAUGCUAGAUAUGACAAAACAAGUGGCCUCUGCAGUUAAUAGGUGAUACAGGAUAUCCAGUUACACAAAUCAUUACCACAGAAAAUUCACUUAGCUGUGUCACAGUGGAAAAGAACUACAGGUGCUCCAAGUAAAUUAAGUGGCAAUGGUAUAGUAUUUAUAUAAUAGUCAAGCUUUAAAUCAUUACAGCAGCAAAUUUAACUUCUUUUAUUAAUAGUAGAUGGGGUGGCAUCAAAAGCCAUGAGGGACCAAAUAAAAAGA